CCUGGCUUCAGCACGCCUGCAGCCAGGGUUGCCAGAUUGAAGAAAUUCGUUUGAUUGGAAAUCUGGCAACCCUGCUGCUAAAGCGCUGUUUGUUUUCGAACCCAAGAGGAAGAAGCACUUUACCCUUCACAUAUCGACUGUUACGACGGCUUCAAAUUUAUUUCUAUCGUCAAGUGAGUUUUUGGUCAAUUUUGACCCGACCUGUUAAUUCCACCAUGGCUCUGUGUGGGGGUGUCGGAGCCAUGGCUCUCCCCAGCGAGCUCAUCGUCCACGUCUUCUCCUUCCUCUCCGACCGGGACAAGCUGCGGGCCUCGGCGGUGUGCUCCCGAUGGAGGGAGUGCCUGUUCUACCCGGCCCUCUGGACCAGGCUCAAGCUCCGGAUAGGCGGCGGCUGUACCGGCGGCGGCUGCGGGUCCGAGGCUACCCCGAGAUUAGAGUUCCUCAUGCGGAAGUUCGGCUCGUUCGUGCGGGAGCUGCGGCUGGAGCUGGCCCCGGUGGACGGUCACCUCGGCCCGGUGGACAGUCAUCUCGGCCCCGCGAACCAGGGGGCGCCUCCGGGCAGGACGGAUCACGCUGCCCCCCAGAGGGACCACGCUGCCCCGCUGCAGAGGGACCCACAGUCCUCCCCACGAUGGAGAGAAGCGACGGCUACCUAUCUGGACCAGGUGUUGUGCGUGCUGACUUGCACCCGAAACAACAGGAACCUGAAGGAGCUGAGUAUGUACGCAGACACCUGUGUCCUCCAGGAGGAAGGCCUGUUGGACACCUCCUACCUCCAGCACAUUCACCACGGAGACAAGAAGGUUAAAGAGAUCCAGCAGCUGUUCAUUGAGCUGUUGUCCAACAGCAGACAGCUCCGUUGGCUGUCGUGUGGCUUCAUGCUGGGCCUGGUGACGCCAUGCUCCCUGGCCUCUCUGUCCAACUUGUCGGCCCAGAGUCUGCAGCACCUCAGCCUGCUUGACCAUCAGAUGGCGCCGCUCAUCAGUCCGACGGAGGUGGAGCGCCUGGCCGGCCUGCGCUCCCUGGCGCUGGACUUCUCAGACCUGACCUCGGAGCUGUGCGGCCUGCUGGCGUCGAAGCAGCGUGUCCCACUGCACCGGCUCUCCCUGCUGCUGAACGCCGCCACCCUCGAAGGCACGGCCACCGACGAUGACUGGAAGGCUCUGGUCCGUGUGAGUGCAAACCUGCGUGUCUACAUCAUGGCCCUGGAGGUGGACGGGGGCGAGCUGCUGCGCGUGCUGAAGCCCAGCCUGCCGCUGGAGCGCCUGCACCUGGACAGCUACAGCUCGGCGGUGACGGACGGGGCGCUGGAGCUGGUGGCCCAGCAGUACCACAAGACGCUCACACACCUGCUGCUGCUGCGCGACGACGGCCACUACCCCGACCUCAGCGUCAACCGCAACGAGGACCCGCUGGUGCUGCUGGCCUGGCGCUGCACGCACCUGGCCGUGCUGGUCAUACACGGCUACACCAUCUGGUCCCACAACCUGGUGGCCAUCUCUCGGCUGCGGGGCUCCAGCCUGCGUGUCCUGGCCGUUACCGAGGAGAGCAUCGACUUCGACCCCGACCAGUGGACGUACGUGGAGGGGGACCCCGUUCACAACCUGGUCAAGGAGGUGUCCCUGGGCCUGGGCCGCGUCUGGCACCCCAGCCUUGACCCCAACCUGGUGUUGCCGGAGCCCACGCAGCACUUCCACCGGGAGAUGCACGCCUUCAGCACGGGCAUGUAGCUUCGGGGGGUUGGAUGGAGGACUGGGGCCCACCCCAGGCACCGGGUCUGAAUCAAAUCCUUCACCAGGCACCACUUAGGCUGUAGUCGACUACAUCUUAUCUAUGACCAAAAAUCAGAACUUGAUCUGUAAGCAAACUAACCCUAUAUUCAUGAUCUGAUUUGAGUUAAACUAUUGUUUUUUAUUUAUUGACAUUUCUUUCCAUCAUUAGAGUUUAGCUUUUUCUUUUCAUUGUGAGCAUACCUGCUUGGUACCUUGGUUUCGAAUAGAGAUCUUCACGUUGCCAAGUUCUCUACGUUAAAGAGUGAUUUUCUUUUCUCCUGGGGCCUGGUUUGGUUUGUUCUGGCCCGGCUUGAUCCAUCUCUAACUUCCUGUCCAACUUCCUGUCCUAACUUCCUGUAAUUCCAUUUCGAUCUCAUUCACCUCUUUCAUUUUCUUUCCCCCUUGCAAUCCAAGUGCAAUGUGUCACCUAUAUAAAUACGGUCUGUGUCUAUUUAUAUUCAACUAUAGGACUAUACUGCUGUGGGGAUCAGAAUAGGGCUCAGCUGGUUGGAGGGGAAAGUGCAGGUAUGGGUGGAGUGCAAGUUGUUGAACAAAUUCAAAUGGUUUUAUUUCUUGCUGUGUCUGUCUCCGUUUCUGUCUGUGCCUACCUAGCGAUGGCAUUGCUUAGCUUCAGCUCACAUACUCCUGGUUGUCCUGGGCCCAUAUCGUUUAUUUUAUGAGCACCACUGCUGGUCUUUUGUUUCAUAGUUGGCGAGGGUGGGUGCUGAAGUGGCUGAAUGAGGCUUGGGCAUCUCAAAUCUCCCUAAAACUGGCUAUGAAUAUUCCAAAUCCUCCUGUAAUGGCCACAGUUGGUAACUCAAGCCUCCCAUUGGCUAUCUCGCUGACCAACCUAGGGAUUCUAUGUCAGGAGAUGUUUUUGAGAGUGACGGAGCCACCACGUGAGGAUGUUGUCAUACUUAUGUAACACAAAGUCCUGCUUGGUUCUGGAGGACUCCAACCCAUUCAAAUAGCUGUUUUUAAAAGUUUGACGUCCAUCCCGUGGUGUACUAUCCCAUCAGGGCAAUUUGCCUUAUCAAUAAGUCCACUGAAGGUCUUCCAGACACUGGGAGAUGGGUGGUUUUAGUGCUCUUCCGUUUUGUCCCUUCAUGCUCUUCCCAGCUUUGUGCCAUCCUCAACUGGGAAGAGGCAAUUCAGAGCUUCUUUACUGACAUUAUCUGUUGCCUCCCGUAGAGAGAAAGACUGAAAAGCAAUCGAAUAUGAAGUCAGACCAACUUUUGUUGUCCAUCACAUUGGUAGUCAUCCUCAAGGUAUUUUAAAUUUGAGCCAUAUACGUUUUAUUAACAAAAAGCUUUCAACGUGCAAGAGAGCAUGCAUAUACUGCCGAGUUACUGAACCAAAGGGAUUUGGGCUUUUUACGGCGGUUUGAAAAGGAAAAUCCCGCCAUGGAAAAAAAAAAAAGUCUAGUCUUUGCGAGCAUAGGUUGUCGAAAGGUUAGGAUGCCGAAAUAGUAUUCGUUAAUAAUUGGUUACUUUUAUGAACCUGCAAGCACUCUGCAACCUUUUUUCCUAGUUUUGUUCAAUAAAACAAAUGGAUUUAUGAAACACUGAAUGAACAUAGUUGGUCUUGCGUAAGUAUUUUUAUUAAUGCAAGGCCAAAUUGUGUGUCGAUGCUGCACAUGAUAACAUUUUACUGUUCUCAAAGAGGUGGUUACCUAGCGACAAGCAGCCUGGACUCAAAUUCACUGAUUACCAUUGUGAAGGUUACAUCUGGCUGUGAAGGGCAACACGCAUCUGGGUGAUCUGUACAGUAGGGUGUUGAUGAUGGACAAGACUUGUGAACCACCACGUAGUUUGUUAAUGUGGGAACUUUCUUAUUUCACAGAUGCCUUGAAAACAACAGUAUGUGUUCCAGUCCUUUUGUUGUUGUGGUUGUUAAUGAUCCAACGUGUCUCAGACCUUUGGCUUUUCCAUCAAGACCUAGUCGUACAUUUAUUUUUCAAAGAUUAAGGUUUAUAAGAAAGGAUGGCAACCCCAAGCCGUCAGUCCCAUCUUUACUGUGAACUAUUGGUGUGGAGGUGGGCAAGGGGGCGUAGGCCUUCACACUAUCUCAACCUUUUGACUGGCACGGUCAAUAUCGUCUAGCUUUGUAGCUUGUGGACAAAUGGCCAUGCCUGCAGAUGUGUGUACAACCUAUACACCUAUCGCUCCGUCACAAUCGAUUCGGGCUCGCGGAAUUUGACCGAUCUCUACAAACUAUGUUCAAGGUUAUGGUACAUGUGGAGAAGAUUGAAACACUGGGGUCCAGAAGAGAGCAAGUGGCCUUCAACACGUCUCACAGGUGUUUGCCACACGUUGACAAUCGCUGGCCAAAUUCUUCCAUCUGCAUUGCCUAAAAUAUUAUAUGCCAUAACAGUGUUGCAGAAGCAAAUGAUGCAUUCCAGUUAUGAAUUGUGUAUGGUGGACAUAUGUAACCUAGUAUUCAGUCCAGGAAAGAAGUUAGCAGAAUGUGUGCACAUAAGGAGUCCUCUGGUAGUUGAGCUGUAUUUGUGGUCCUGACCUGAUAAUCUUUAUAGACUUUGGAUCACAACUCAGGAUUAAUACACUUUGCUACCUAGAUUCUCUUCAGGUAGCUUUCUGUGGCUUCGUAUUUGAACCAGGCACACAUUGAAGGGGAAACUGCAAUCCUGCAAACCUGAUAGCAAUUUAAAAUGGUCCCUGUUGGCGAGUUGUGUCUUUAUCUUUUUAUUGGCAUACUAAUGAAAGCAAAGGUGGAGGAGAGCCCUCCUCUACAGAAUUUAUUAUGAGGCUAGCUAGCACCAAUAUGCUCAUUAUAACGCGAACACUUUGACAAAGUCUCCAUCUGCUCUUUCUUUCGUACACUUUCUUUGCUGUAUCAUAUCUCAUUGGACAUACAAUGGGCCGACUAUAGCUGUAAUAAGUGACAAAGCCAUAAGCCUUGAUUCCUCUUCUAAUGGAUAUUCGGUUCUAUAUCCUGUCCAGGACAGAUUGAGUAGUAGAAGCGGCAACAAUAUUUACAGAUGGGCUCUAGGUCCACUUGCAUUCAGAAGUGAGGGCAGAAUAGUGUUUCUGAACAAUGCUUCCGGCACUAUCGACAUUCUUGCAUUGUAGUUUAAUUUGGCUGAUCACUGAAGUUACAACAUUGUAAGAGUCUUAUCUUGAUGACAGAAGCUUGAGUUAUGCAUGUGUGCCACUACAGUCUCCCCUUCCACAACAGCAGAAAACUGAUAUUAUUGAUUUGUUCUCAGGGCUAGGUCAUGUUUUCCUUAUUUUUGAGGAUGAAGGAAAAGUAGAGGUGCUGUAAUAAUAGCUCAGGCCAAUGUCUUUAAUGUAUUUACGAUGAUAGUUACAAGUGUAUUAGUUGCAGCUGGAUCUACUGUUCUCCUGAAAGGUUUUUUCUUUUAAUGCUGCCAAAGACCAUGACACAACUAUUAUCAAAUCCAUGUCUGAAGUGGCCACAGACUGACUGACUGACUCUGGCCAAAGACUACAAGGCACUCUAUGGCCGUUCAGAACACCCCUAGUAUUUCCUUAGACAGUCGAUUUUAUUUUGACCCUACCCCAUGCCACAUGGUGUCUGAUGUUGUUCGGUAGCGCCCCGACCUUGACCAGUGUCUGUAAACAACGUGAAAAUGGGAAAACCCACAGCUGUAAAAAAAAAUAUCAUAAGAAUACAAAAAAAGGAAGCGACGUGAACGUUUUUUUGUGAUUCAUCACCAGCUGGCUGUCAGGCUUGAACUUGUCCCAACACUUACAGCGUCUUUGAGUUCAGAAAGCCUGCAGGUAGGCCAAAAGGGCCUUAAUGUGCAACUCCAAGUCUGAAGUUGUACUUUGUUUUGCAUUUCUGAACACUGUGGGCAACCAAGAAGGAACAAAGGCCGAGGCCAUACCUCUUAGGCCGAACCUUAGAAGUGGUGGAUGGAUACUCUUACAUGGAACAUUCCAGAUGGUGUUAUGACUGGGUCAUUUCUCAGGCCAUCUUAGGGACUUGGCAAACUUUCCGAUGUGUUUGGUCACGCAUUCAGAUAUUUGUACAAAGAAUUAUUUUUUUACUUUUUGGUCCUUUCUGUUUAAGAAGGUAUCGAGACUGCUGGCUGGACAGGACCGGUUAGUGAGGUACUCCAAUUAUAAUGAGCCUGCCUCGGCUCCUUGAAUCUUUGUCUGGGUUCUAUUCCUAAGAGCACCCUAUAAGAGGAUUCACCAGGUAGCUUUGUCCACUGAACAAGGGGCAACAAAUUCCGGCCGAUGGUUGAAAAAGACACCUGGCUCAAUGUGAACCCAACGAGGAGAGAUCUUUGCCGGCCAAAGCCACCUUCGUGAAUGUUAAUACGGGUUGAGAGGGAUGGAUUGAUGGCAGCAAGUUGACCGUCCCCCGGUACUAAACCCAAUCUCUGAGAUGUACAUUCCAAGCAAUGGGAGAGGGAGGUGCGAGGGCACAGCACAGUAUUAUUAGCCUCGUUUAACAUUUAUUCUACACUCAAGACCCAUACAGUAUGUACUCCAUACAGGAGUCAAAGGCUUUGUGUGUGAGCGCACUGAACAAUUUGUUACACCAGAGCGGUAAACAAAUGCAUAGAGAAUACAGCCUACUGUUUACAGAUCAAUAACGCUCAGACCGCGUUGACGUUUAAAGCUGCUUUUAGCGUCGUGGCUCAGUUAGGUGCAGGCCGCCGUAGCUCCAAUGGAGGGAAAGUUGUUUUACUGUAGUUUAUCAUAGGGACGUCUUUGUCUGUCACCCAUGAGAUGGUAUCUGCUGUGACUCCACCAAACCAAGCAAAUAUAGCCUGAUACAUAUGCUAUGGAAAGUCGUUUGUGUGGGUGUGGUAAUGUAGCACCAAAUCAGCAGUCUGUGCCACACCUGCACUCAUCUAAACAUUGUCAACACCGUUGUUAAAGGCAAACCCAGAGCCACAAGUAUAACAUGCAUUCAAGCACUUUCCAAGUCCACAUUAAGUUACCAGUGUUAUCUCAACCCACGGUAGAAUAGUGCAAUAAAUCAUGGUGAGUGUUGCCAGCAAACAAAUGGUCCACAAUAUUGCUUGUGCAGUCGUUUAUAAUAACAAUAUUGAGACAACUUUGUGAGUGGCAGCCUUGGUACAAUGUGGCCAAAGUCUUUCAGGCUCUGGGUCAGCCUCAAAGGUCGACAAAAAGCCAAAGGGACCGCACCAAACAGGAGUUAUGCAAUUGCUAUAUUUGUUGGCAUUUAUUGUUGCAGACUUACCAGUGGUUAUACGAUUAUCACCUCGCCCUAACUUUAGCCAAUGGGAAAAGGCGUCCCUGAGGUUUGAGAGGUGAGGGCCAGAUUAAGUCGAUGUACUAAGGGGUGAUUUUUGGCACUACUCAUUGAGGACAGGAUUUGAGAAGCUCGCUUGUGUGUUUGCUUUUAAUUAUAUUUUUCUGAGACCUUUUAAAAUACAAGUUAUAUUUAUAUACUCAAUAUUGAAUGAACAUUGCCAUCUACUGAAUACAACGUAGGAACAUUGGAAGUGGAUUUUUAUAAGGAGGAACCUCUCUAUUCGAGUAACGGCUGAAUACAGAUGAAGGCCGCCUCUAGGUCAGGGGUUGGUGCAGGAGUUGACUGAUCAUCCUCUGUAGCUGUAUGUUGGGAGGCCGACCCCGUGCUCUCCUGUCAAACCGAUCCAGUCUGUCGCCGAAGGAGUGUGUGACUCUUCACAUUCCUGACAAGUGUACUGACCUUGAAUGGAGAAGCAUCAACAGCAUGGCACAUGUAGUACGUCUCACUGACUGUUUCAGAAGGUUAGGUAGGGCUAAACCUUGGGAACCACCCAUUAUACCACCGACCAUUGCUAGCUCGGCAGUGACUCUAGCCAACUCUGGCGUUUCAUCACGUAAUGGUGACUCAAGGUGUUCCUUAUUUUCUGGUUCACAAAAGUCAGUCUUAAGAAAUGUAAAAAAAAAAAAAGAAUACAGAGCCCAGUCCUCCUGAAGGGCCAGCUGGCCGGUGGGCCUGCUCUGUGAGUAAUUCUAUACAACUAUGCAAGAGAAAUGCAUACACCUGUCCACACCUUAAUUUCUUCUUAAACUUUAUUUUUUUCCUCUCAUGGCCGUAACUUGGUAGAAAAAUCUGGUAAGGAUUUGCAAUGACUGACUACACUUGGCCUUAUGACGAGAACGAUGACUAUGUUGUGACUACUCCAAAAUCUCACGAAAUCCUACUUUUAUUGUGUUUAUUUGAGGCUGUUAUAGAUUGUGGUCAACCAGCCCAGCGGCAAACUCUUGGUCUCUGUGAGACCGGCUUGAGGCGGCUCCAGUUUGAACAUAACAAUAGCAAUACGAAUGUUGUGCAUUUGUUUAAAUCAACGAUAGUUUGCAAUAACGGCAGUCUUACUUAAGUGGCCACAAUGGGGUACUAACAGUGCUGACGACGCCUUGCUGCGUAUUAAAAAAAACAAGAACCAAUUAAUGGCGAUACAUAUGAUGCACACUAAACACAAUGCAUAUUUGUAUAGAUAUCAAAAAUGUGUUACCGUGCUGUACAAAGUUAUAGAACUCAUGUCCAGGUUCAAUCUAUGAGUCCACUUUGUAAAGCGAAGAGAGUAUUUCUUUUUUGUGUGUGUGUGUGUGUGUGUGUGUGUGUGUGUGUGUGUGUGUGUGUGUGUGUGUGUGAGAAACUUGGGCGCUGGGGGUAGGCCAGACUGGAUUUCAAAUGCAAACACAAAACAUCGAUUGCUCUAUUUUUCUUACUUUAGGUCAAGAUGUUUAAUCGUAAUUAAAGAAAUUCUGAGCAGUGUGUGUGAACAUAUUAAUAACGUGUGUGUGUGUAUGCCCUUGUUGGUCAAUCAGCUCCAGGUGUGCUAUUUAGCUAAGAAAAUAUUGCAAAGUGAAAUUACACAAUGGUUGUAGAGUUGACCCAUUUCAGAACCAUCCCUUUUUAAAGUCAUGUUUAUUCUUUAAUUUCUAUUUGAAAACGUGUAAGAGCUGUUUACUUCUGGCUCCAUCUG